UUGGCAGAAAAAAUACUGAAUUCUUUUUUGUGAUUUAAAUUUUGUAAAAGUGGUUAAAUUCAAACACAGUGGAUCGAAAAACAGGCCUGCUGACCUGAUCAGCAGCCAAAUCCUCAGGUGUGUUUCACCUGCACAUGUGUGAAAGUUCAGCUUUCUGCGUCUUCAAACGUUCACCUGACUGCGUUACUUCGCCCUGAGCUUUGCCUUCAGGCAGACUGCAUGUGAAACAGCGUGCACAUCCCCUUACACUGCAGGGUCUACACACGUUAUCCGACCAAAAAACAGCUUCAAAAUGUGUCUUUAGAAGCUGUACUGUGUGAAUUAGGUUAGUGAGGCCGUUUUGCCCACGGGGUGAGAGGAGGACACGUCCGGGCCAGCCUCCUGCGGGGAGCGCUCGGUGACUCAUUUCAUUUAUCCCACACUAAACACAAACCAGGUGAGCAAGGUGUGACUCUGGAGUGAAGAAUUCAUCCCGCUGCUGUGAGACACACUGAUUAUCCGUUUUUUUCACUUAUCCCUCCUCCUCUGUGGUUGAUUUCCUCUUUUAAGUUUGUUUUCCUUUGACUGAAGCUGGAGGUUGAAGUCACUUCCGUGUGUCGAAGUUGUUUUAACCGGAGAAAAAGAUGAAGGAAAUAUCUGCAACCUGACAUGGAUGUUAAUUCAGCAGGUGGAAGCUUAACUAUGGAUCUGCGUGAAGGGAUCGAUGAGGGAAUCCUCCCAUCCAAAGUGACCUGGUUUGCGGAACCUGACAGCUCGACCAAAGGGCCGAGCCCAGAGCAGCCGGAGAGACCAGACUCUCCUGUGCCCAGCUGUGUGUCCAUGAGGAGCAACAAGUCGCUGGAGUCGCCCCUCACUUUCCGAAAACAACGUUCUGCUGAAACAGGGGUCGUGACAGAGGGACCAGACUCUCCUGUGCCCAGCUGUGUGUCCAUGAGGAGCAACAAGUCGCUGGAGUCGCCCCUCACUUUCCGAAAACAACGUUCUGCUGAAACAGGGGUCCUGGAAGAGAGACCAGACUCUCCUGUGCCCAGCUGUAUGUCCAUGAGGAGCAACAAGUCGCUGGAGUCGCCCCUCACUUUCAGAAAACAUUGUUCUCCUGAAACAGGGGUCCUGGAGGAGAGACCGGACUCUCCUGUGCCCAGCUGUAUGUCCAUGAGGAGCAACAAGUCGCUGGAGUCGCCCCUCACUUUCAGAAAACAUUGUUCUCCUGAAACAGGGGUCCUGGAGGAGAGACCCGACUCUCCUGUGCCCAGCUGUGUGUCCCUGAAGUCACGGGAGUCACCUCUCACUUUUCGAAAACAACAUUUUCCCAUAACAGACUGUAAAGAUGCUGAGGUGUUUUUCCUCCACAGACGACAGGAAAUGUCAGAAGUCCAUGUUGGUCAGUCAUCAGGGGAAGAUCAAACUGAGAGUGGCUCUGUAUUUACGCUGCUCGAGGAGAACAUCGUCGGUUUUGUGAAGGAAGAGCUGAAGAAGAUGCAGAGAGUUCUGAGUUCAGAGUGCUCAGAUGACGAGAUGAUGGACGGCAGCGACGAAGAGGACGUGAGGAGCUGCAGACAGGCAUUUCAGAAAAUUGUGCAGCACUUCCUGAGGAGAAUAGAGCAGGAGGAGCUGGCUGUCGCCCUGCAGAUGAGUACGAUGAUUUUGGAACGGUGGGAAUCUCCAGAGGCGUGUCAGCGAAAACUCAAAUCAAGUUUGAAGCAGAAGUUCCAGUGUUUGUUUGAGGGAAUUGCUAAAACAGGAGACCCAGUCCUUCUGAACGAGGUCUACACAGAGCUCUACAUCACCGAAGGGGGGGCUGCAGAGCUCAGUGAUGAACACGAGGUCAGACAGAUUGAAACAGCAGCCAGGAAACCAGCCAGACCAGAAACAACAAUCAGAUGUGAGAACAUCUUUAAACCCUCCCCUGGAAGAGACGGACCAAUCAGAACAGUGAUGACAAAGGGAGUGGCCGGCAUUGGGAAAACGGUCUUAACGCAGAAGUUCACUCUGGACUGGGCUGAGGACAAAACCAACCGGGACAUCCGGUUCAUAUUUCCCUUCACUUUCAGAGAGCUGAAUCAGCUUAAAGACAAAAAGUUCAGCUUGGUGAAACUUGUUCAUCACUUCUUUGGUGAGACCAAAGAAGCAGGAAUGUGCAGGUUUGACAAAUUCCAGAUUGUGUUCAUCUUUGACGGUCUGGAUGAGUGCCGACUUCCUCUGGACUUCCACAACAAGGAGGUUCUCACUGAGGUCACAGAGUCCACCUCAGUGGAUGUGCUGCUGACAAACCUCAUCAGGGGGAAUCUGCUUCCCUCUGCUCGCCUCUGGAUAACCACACGACCUGCAGCAGCCAAUCAGAUCCCUCCCGAGUGUGUUGACAUGGUGACAGAGGUCAGAGGGUUCACUGACCCACAGAAGGAGGAGUACUUCAGGAAGAGAUUCAGAGAUGAGGAGCAGGCCGGCAGAAUCAUCUCCCACAUCAAGACAUCGCGAAGCCUCCACAUCAUGUGCCACAUCCCAGUCUUCUGCUGGAUCACUGCUACAGUUCUGGAGGAUGUGUUGAAGACCAGAGAGGGAGGAGAGCUGCCCAAGACCCUGACUGAGAUGUACAUCCACUUCCUGGUGGUUCAGGCCAAACUGUGGACCAUCAAGUAUCCUGCUGGGCCAGCAGCUGGGACAGCAGCUGGGACAUGGUCACACUGGAAUCCAGGGAGCAGAGACAUGGUUUUGUCUUUGGGAAAACUGGCUUUUGAGCAGCUGCAGAAAGGCAACCUGAUCUUCUAUGAAUCAGACCUGACCGAGUGUGGCAUCGAUAUCACAGCAGCUUCGGUGUACUCAGGAGUGUUCACGCAGAUCUUUAAAGAGGAGAGAGGCCUGUAUGACAAGAAGCUGUUCUGCUUUGUUCACCUGAGCAUUCAGGAGUUUCUGGCUGCUCUUUAUGUCUUUCUGACUUUUACCAACUCUGGCAUUAAUCUGCUUUCUCAGUCAAAAACCUGGUGGUCUAAUCUAUUAAAGGACAAAUCUAAACUGCCAUACCUGUUCCAGAGUGCCGUGGACAUGGCUUUACAGAGUCCGAACGGGCACCUGGAUUUGUUCCUCCGUUUCCUCCUGGGCCUUUCACUGGAAACCAAUCAGACUCUACUACGAGGCCUGAUGACACACACAGGAAAUAGCUCGCACACCAAUCGGGAGACGGUCCAGUACAUCAAGAGUGUGAUCAGGAAGAAUCUGACCGCGGAGAAAAGCAUCAAUCUGUUCCACUGUCUGAACGAGCUGAAUGAUUGUUCUCUGGAGGAAGAGAUCCAGCAGUACCUGAGCGCAGGGAGCCUGUCCACAGACAAACUGUCUCCUGCUCAGUGGUCGGCUCUGGCCUUCAUCCUGCUGUCGUCAGAGAAAGACCUGGACGUCUUUGACCUGAAGAAGUACUCUGCUUCUGAGGAAGGUCUUAUGAGGCUGCUGCCUGUGGUCAAAGCUUCCAAUAAGUCUCUGCUGGGUGGCUGUGAGCUGUCAGAGAAAAGCUGUGAAGCUCUGGCAUCACUCGUCAGCUCCCAGUCGUCUCGUCUGAGAGAGCUGGACCUGAGCAACAACAACUUGCAGGAUUCGGGAGUGAAGCUGAUCUCAUCUGGACUGGAGAAUCCACACUGCAAGCUGAAAAUGCUGGGGUUGAGCCACAAUAACCUCACAGAGAAUUGCUGCCUGGAAUUGUCAUCAGUUCUCAGCACCAAGCUUUCUGGUCUGAGAGACCUGGACUUGAGUUACAACAACCUGCAGGACUCGGGAGUGAAGCUCCUGUCUGUUGGACUGCAAAGUCCUCACUGUGCACUGGACAAGCUCAGGCUCAUUGGCUGUAAUUUAUCAGACAAAAGCCGUGAGACUCUGGCUUCGGUUCUCAGCCACCAGUCCUGUACUCUGAGGGAGCUGGAUCUGAGUAACAAUGACCUGCAGGAUUCAGGAGCGAUGCUGUUCGCUUCUGCACAGGAGAGUCGGCCGUGUCGUCUGGAAACUCUCAGGUUGGUUCAAGCAAGGCUCACAGAGAAAUGCUGUCAAGAGUUCUCAUCGGUCCUCAGCUCCGUGUCCUGUGGUCUGAGAGAGCUGGACCUGAGUCACAAUGACCUGCAGGACUCAGGAGUGAAACUGCUCUUAGCUGGACUGGGAAGUCCCCAGUGUCAACUCCAAACCCUCAGGUUGAGUCAAACCAACCUCACAGAGAAAUGCUGCCAGGAGAUCUCAUCAGUCCUCAGCUCCCAGUCCUCCAGUCUGAGAGAGCUGGACCUCAGCAACAAUGACCUGCAGGACUCCGGAGUGACUCUGCUUUCUGCUGGACUGAGAGGUCCACACUGUACGCUGGAAACCCUCAGGCUGAAUGGCUGUAAGUUGUCUGAAGGCAGCUGUGAAGCUCUGGCAUCAGUUCUCAGCUCACAGUCUCUUGGUCUGAAGGAGCUGGAGAUGAGUAACAACGACUUGCAGGACUCGGGAGUGAAGCUGCUGUGUGCUGCACUGAAGAGUCCACACUGUGUGCUGGAAACUCUCAGGCUGAGUCACACCAGGCUCACAGAGAAAAGCUGUCAGGAGUUCUCAGCAGUUCUGACUGUCAAGUCGUCCAGCCUCAGAGAACUGGACUUGAGUAACAACGACCUGCAGGAUUCAGGAGUGAAGAGGCUCUCUGAUGGACUGAGGAGUCCACAUUGUAGGCUGGAAACUUUCAGGUUGUCAGGCUGUUUGAUCACAGAGGACGGCUGCUCUUCUCUGGCCUCGGCUUUGAGAUCCAACCCCUCGUGUCUGAGAGAGCUGGACCUGAGCUACAAUUACCCAAGAGACUCAGGAGUGAAGCAGCUCUCAGCUGGACUGGAGGAUCCACGCUGGAGACUGGAUACUCUCAGUGUGGAUCUUGGGUGUGUUCAGUGGCUGAGCUCCGGUCUGAAGAAGUAUGUCUGUGAACUCACGCUGGACCCGAACACAGCGCACAAAAACGUCCUCCUGUCCGAGGACAAGCGAAAGGUGAUGCUGUCGAUGGAGAAGCAGCCGUAUCCCGAACACCCGGACAGAUUCGACUGGUGCUACCAGCUGCUGUGCACAACUGGUCUGAACGGUCGCUGUUACUGGGAGGUGGACUGGGAAGUCGGGGUCGAUAUUGGAGUGACUUACAAAGGACUGAGACGGAGAGGAGCCCUUGACGGCAGCAGGCUUGGCUGGAAUGACAAGUCGUGGAGUCUGGAAUUCACUGCUCAGUGUUACUACGCCUGGCACAACAACAUACGCACGGCUCUUCUCGCUCCUCCGUCCUCCGCCUCGAACAGAGUCGGAGUGUAUCUGGACUGGCCUGCAGGGACGCUGUCCUACUACACAGUUUUACCUGACACUCGGAUCCACCUGUGCACCUUCCACUGUGCCUUCGUUGAACCUCUCUACCCUGCUUUUGGGUUCUUGUCGCUGGAGUCGUCCGUGUCCUUGUGUUAAAAGAAAUGGACAGGACAAAGUGAAGCUUUAUGUUUUCAGAUCAGAAACCUUAGCUUCGAGAAACCAGAACCCGGAGCUCAUUUCUUUGGUUUCCUGUAAUAGUUUUAGUACAUAGAACUGCUGCAGUAGUUAGCACAACACGAGCGCCUUGAGAGUAUUGCUUCACCUUGAGCAGCAAAUGUUUUCAAUGUUUUUAAUGCUAAUCUAGAAGACUGUUCAUUUCAUACAACACUCAUCCACUCAGUAACAUUUAUCUUUUAUCUAACUCUGGCUUUGAUGCAACCAUGGACUUGUGUAAUUUAUUUAUACUUUAUUAUUUUGUCUUGAAUUGUCAAAGUUUGUUUUAUGUUAACUUUAUUUUUACAGUUAAAAUGGCACUGACCGGGGACAUUAAGCUGGUAUGAUGUGACUGGUAAUAUCAGUAAACAUGGAAAAUCAUUAAAAAACCAGGAGUCAAAAUA